AUGAAGUUCUCUACUAUUUUCGCAACCGCUUUGGUUGCUGCCACUGGUUUGGCUCAAGAUGUUGCUUGUCGUGUCAACGGUAUCCAGCAGUCCGUUGUUGACUUGGAGACUGGUGAGUGUCCAUUUGUCAUCCCAAGCAGUCUCCCAGUCAACUUCAGAUACGACGGUGCCGAUGACUACUUCGUUGAUGCCUACUACGCCUUCAUUGGUCAGAGAUACUUCAACGAUAUUCCAGGUGCUGGCCGUGUUAUCAACAUCCCAGCUAGACUUCUCUAUGACCAAGGUACCUUCCCACUUUACCACAUCCACGCCGAGGAGUCCCCAGCCUCUAACUCUACUGCUGCUUUGAGAAAGAGAUUCAACUCCCAGCUUUUGGACAAGAGAGAUGAGCUUAGCGACUUUGUUGACAGAAUCAAGUCUUUGGACGGUGUGGAGGUUCCAUCUGACGCUUUGCUUUCCGUCAACAACCCUGAUGUGUCUUCUUCUGCUGGUUCUGGUUCUGGUUCCACUGGCACUGGUGCUUCUACCGGUGCUGGUUCUUCUGGUGCUUCUACCACUGGUGGUGCUACCGGUGCUUCUACCACUGGCGGUGCCGAGACUGACGUUGUUACCAACACUCACUCUACUCUUAUCACCAUCACCUCUUGUUCCGAGAACAAGUGCUCUAAGACUACCGUCCCAGCCACUUGGGGUCCAGUGACUUCGACUGUCGACGAGGAAGUGACCGUCUACACCACCUGGUGCCCAGUCACUGAGGUUACCGUCACUGAGAAGUCCACCAAGAUCAUCACCAUCACCUCUUGUGCUAACCACAAGUGUUCUGAGGUUACUACUCCAGCCACCUGGGGUCCAACCACCAAGACUGUUGAGGGUGAGGUCACUGUCUACACUACUUGGUGCCCAGUUGCUUCCACCCCAGCUGGUUCUGUCGAGACCUCUGUUGUUACUUCUGCUGGUGAGCACACCACUGUUGUCUACACCACUGUUGUUACCAAGCCUGCUCCAGGUGCCCCAGGUGCUUCUGUCGAGACCUCUGUUGUUACUUCUGCUGGUGAGCACACCACUGUUGUCUACACCACUGUUGUUACCAAGCCUGCUCCAGGUGCUCCAGGUGCUCCAGCUGGUACUGAGACUGCUCCAGGUGCCUCUGUUGAGACCUCUGUUGUUACUUCUGCCGGUGAGCAGACCACUGUUGUCUACACCACUGUUGUUACCAAGCCUGCUCCAGGUGCUCCAGGUGCUCCAGGUGCUCCAGCUGGUACUGAGACUGCUCCAGGUGCCCCAGCUGGUACCACUGUUGCCGGUGAGUCUACUUUGGCCACUGUCACUACUGGUGCUUCAUCUGCUGCCUCUGCUCCACCAGCUAUCUCCACUUCUUUCGCUGGUGCUGCCAAGGUUGGCGGUUCUUUGAUCGCUUUGAUGGCUAUCCCAUUCGCUUACUUGUUGUAA